CUUCUCUAGAGCUCUUUCUUUAUCUCUCUAGACUUGGGAGGUUGGUUGUAUAACUUGUAGAAGAAGAAGAAGAUGGCAGACGUACUAAGCGAAGAACAGAUUGUUGAGUUUAAAGAAGCAUUUUGUCUAUUUGACAAGGAUGGAGAUGGUUGCAUUACUGUGGAUGAACUGGCCACGGUGAUUCGGUCUCUGGAUCAGAAUCCGACGGAGAAGGAGCUUCAUGACAUGAUAAGCGAAGUGGACGUUGACGGAAAUGGAACCAUAGAGUUUGCAGAGUUCUUGAGCUUAAUGGCAAACAAAAUGAAGGAAACUGAUGCAGAGGAGGAGCUCAAAGAGGCCUUCAAAGUAUUUGACAAGGAUCAGAAUGGUUAUAUUUCAGCUACUGAGCUGAGGCAUGUAAUGAUCAAUCUAGGGGAAAAAUUGACGGACGAAGAGGUCGAGCAGAUGAUCAAGGAGGCAGAUUUGGACGGUGAUGGACAAGUGAAUUACGAUGAAUUUGUGAAGAUGAUGAUGACCAUUGGAUGAUACAUUUAAACAAAAUUCUCCCAUUCAAAUUCAUCCUCACUAGCCCUCAGGCAAUAUAAACUUGUAUUCGUGUUGUCAAAUGACCAAAAAUGUAGGACUUGACUUGUACCCUUUGAUUUGUUCAAUUCCACAUUGUAAUUCUUUUUCAAUUUCUACUUAGUCAAUAUCAUCGUGUGUUUCAAUGUGAUGAUGUAUCAAAAUCUUUGUUCUAUGGGAUAUAUUUAUCUA